AUGUCUUCGUCGGCAGCAAAGUACUCCCUGUCAGGGAACUCGGCUCAGCCUGCCCAAGAUAGGCUAAAACGUCUGCAACUGAGUUUAAAGCAAUUGAGAGACCGAAAAGUUGACAAAGAACGAGGCGUGGCCAAGAGAAGCACCAGAAGCAGCUGUAACAACGUCAGCAUCAAUUCAGAUAGCCCAAGCACCACUGCCACACUUCACACAAUGUGCAAAGUCCAGAUCCCACUGAAUGUGACGAAACAGCAACUGCCAAAUCGUAGAUGGAAUCCGAGAUCACGCACUCCCAUCGCAGAUGCCUGGGCAAAGCCCAAGGCGCUGUUUGAUGCUAGCAAUAGACUGGAAAACAAUCCCUCCACAAGUGCCAACCAACGCCUUUUAAUGCUGCGCGAGACUCUGCAGCAGCAGCAACGAGAGGCGAGCAAUAAUUGCAACACACAGAGCAACAAGCUGCCAGCUGCAACAGUCACAAAGAAUGAUGAGGAGAUCGCUUUAUCAACUCCUAAAGACGAUGUGGAACCCAUGGACUUAGACUUCCCGGAAGAGGAGGCGGAAGAGCAAAAGGAAGAGCAGCAGGACAGCAGCUGCACAAUACUCGAUCUAAGUGUGAAGAAGAAUCGGAGUCAACCGGAAAGUAUAUCGGAUCUAACGCUACAAAGACUAUUGUGUACUGGACAGGAGCUGCCCGCACGCUGUGUCGACUAUAUGUACUUUGUGCUGGAUACGAAUGUGCUCAUGGAUAACCUUGACUUUGUGGAGGAUCUGUGCCGUGUGACACUGGGCGAGACAAAGGGCAGCAUGCUGUACAUACCAUAUAUAGUCAUCAAGGAGCUGGACAAGCUCAAGGACAGGCGCAGCGAUAACGAUCGCAAUCGCAAAUCGGCCAUACGAGCGAUCCACUAUCUGAACAAGAAGUUUGACGAGAGUCUCAAAAUUCAAGCCCAAUCUGCGCUGGAGGAAGCGACCCAUUUGAUCGAGGUGGACUGCCCGGAUGACAGCAUUGUGAACUGCUGCCUGCAGCUGCAGUCGCAGGUGCCGCACCUGAUGCUGCUGACCAACGACAACAAUUUGCGCCUCAAGGCCAAUGCCUCAGCUAUACAAGUCUCCUGCCGUUCCGAUUUGCUCCACGACUAUCGAUCACAGUUCGAAGCAUUGUCCUCGUCAUCCUAGCCCAGGAGCGUUUAGGACACGAGUCGAGGAAUGCGAUUGUGAUAGGAGUGUGGACUGAGCCACUGCACCGCUGACAACACGAAGUACAACUUAUACAUAUACAUAUAUGUAUAUAUAUCGACCAUUCACGAGUUAAUAGUCAUACGUAUAGAUAUUCAAAUAGGUUCUUAAAUAGACAUCACAGAUUUAUAUGCAAUAAACCUUGUACAA